UCAUCCACUUUGUCUCUUUUCAUUUCUUUUUCUACCGCUAAUCUAAACAUAACCUAAAAUAUGAUCAUUGUACUUUCUACCAUAGCCUUAUCUUUAACAUCCCUUCCAGAAAGCACAGAUAUAAAUACUAUAUAGGAUUCUUAAUUUUGGUUUUGGGUCCUCACAAAAAGGGCAUAGAGAUUUAUAAUCAUGGAUAAUCCUAAACAAACACUUGGGAGUUUGGCAACGGUAGCAUUACUCUUCGUUGGGGUUAUUUUUUUUUACCACUUGUCCUCCUCUUUGUUCAACGAAUACGUCCAAAACCGAAAUGGAUCAUUCUGCAAUCAAUCAAAUAUUACCACCAACAUUGAAGAAUAUGGAGAUGACCUUGACUUUGCUUUGGCCAAAGCCUCGAUGGGAAACAAAACGGUGAUAAUAGCUAUAGUAAAUAAGGCAUAUGCAGAGCAAGAUGUAGAGAGUUAUACGACAAUGCUUGAUAUAUUUCUUAGUAGUUUUUGGCUUGGAGAGGGAACAAGGUCUCUCAUUAAUCACCUUCUCAUAGUAGCGGUUGAUCGAACGUCUUAUGAUCGGUGUCAGUUUUUAAGGUUGAAUUGCUACAGAUUGGAAACAGAUGGAGUUGAAUUUGAAGGUGAGAAAAUCUACAUGUCUCAAGAUUUCAUCAAGAUGAUGUGGAGAAGGACUCAAUUCCUCUUGGAAGUUCUCAAACGUGGCUACAACUUUGUUUUCACGGAUACUGAUGUAAUGUGGUUAAGGAAUCCAUUUACAAGGUUAAGCAAAAGCGAGACAGAAGAUCUUCAAAUCAGCACUGACAUUUACCUUGGUGAUCCAUGGUCAGAAAAACAUCUAAUCAAUACUGGAUUUUACUUUGUGAGAUCAAACAACAAGACCAUAUCCCUAUUUGAAACAUGGUAUGGCCAAAAGGACAAUGCCAUAGGAAAAAAAGAGCAAGAUGUGCUUCUUGACCUCUUUAGAAGUGGUAUAAUUGGAGAGUUGGGAAUUAGGGUUAGGUAUUUGGACACCCUUUAUUUUAGUGGAUUUUGUCAAGAUAGCAAAGAUUUUAGAGCAGUCACCAUUGUCCAUGCUAACUGUUGUAGGAGCAUUACUGCGAAGGUGACAGAUUUAAAGGCAGUUCUUCGUGAUUGGAAGCAAUUUAAGAGGUUAGAGCCUAACUCCAUAAUAAAUCCCCAGUGGACUGAACAUUUUUGGUGUUUGCAAUCUUGGGGAAGAACUGGCAAAAUAAAAGGCCAAGAUUAGUUGAAUGAUGACGGUCAACAUGAUCCACGUGGUUUUCCUUGUAGUGUAAAUAACCAUUUUAUUUAACUUAAAAAAGUUAGAACAUUUUGAGUUUUCUUUUUCAAUACUGAUUAUGAAGAUAUUAACACUACAAAUUUUUUUUCAUGUAGUCAUAUACAUCCUAUAAUGACACAAUACUUGUUAUUAAGAAUUAAUUUUAUCUACACUAUGAAUACAAAAUAUCUUGGAAUAUUGUUAAAA